AUGUUUGAAUAUAAAGAACAAGCUGAUGAUGAAUCUAUGAUAAUUUCAGAAGCACCUUCAGUAAAGGAUGAUAUUCAAUAUGGUGAAGAUUUUAAAGAAGCAUUACAAAAACUUAAAAGCUUAAAAGAUCUCGAUCCUGAAAAAAUAAACGAACAUGAUGAAUUUUUCAAUGAAUUGAUGUAUAAGAUCGAAAAGAAUAGAUUCAAUGUUGAUCCAUCAGUUUAUGUUAAAACUGAAUUCCUCUCUGACUUGUUAUUUAUUGUUGUUCAACAAAAAUAUAUUGCUCAUGUUUGUGCACUCCUAAUCAUUCGCGAACUAUCACAGUACAAAGAAGUCCUAAAUGCUCUCAACGAACCAGAAAUAAUCGAUCUCUUAUUUAGUAUUGCAUCAAGUGCUGAAAGAUCAGGAUUGGGCAAUAUCAAAGCAGUUGAGAUCCUUACAAGAGUGUUUUCUUUUAUCCCUGGCAAUAUAAUUUUUUUCAAAAUUUAUCCAAUUGAAAAUUUUGAGUUACCACAUGUCUUAGAAUUCAUCACUCCAUUAUAUCUCAAAUUAAUAAAAUGCAAUCCAGAGACGGAGUAUUUUCGGCCAGUAAUUCAGCUAAUUUACAUCAAGAACGUACCUGUAAGUUACAUGCCUAUGUUUUCGAUGUUCAAAAGCGUUCUUACUGCUCGUCCAGAAGAAAUUAACUUCCUUUGCCAACUGAAAAUUCCUGAAAGGCAUAAAUUCUUCUGGGGGCGUGUAAGAUGGAUUACAAUGAAUGAAAUUGAAACUAUUGAUGAUGACCUUAAAGAUAUGGCCACUUUAAUGGAAGCUCUUAGAGAACCUUUAUUCAGACAAUUC